AGGAUAUAUAAUCAGUAUAAGCAAGAAGAUGAAUCUUUCACUAAUCCUCUUUCUCCUCCUUAUGUGUGGCUUUUUAAUGUGCGAUGCUGGACGUGAGCCAGUACGUGUUCUCACGAGGAAGAGGAACCUCGCUUAUGUGGGUGCCUUUUACUGUUUCCAACAAAAAUGCGUGCAGAUCCGUAGAGGGAGGCUUCCGAAUACGUAUAAAACUAUGUAUGAUUGUAAGAAGAAAUGUGAACAUUCGGAUUCCAUGGAUUUCUUGCGCUAUUUUUCAUAAGUCCAAGUGCACACGUUGAAUUACUAAUUUAAGAAUACUUGGUAAAUAGGCGCAAUUCACAAUGCUAAUUCCAGAU